AUGAUGAAGGUUCGUUACUUGUCCCUUCUAGCUCUAUUGCCGGUAACAUUCAGUUGCGCUACUUCGGGAGUUUGUGGAGGAGGAGGUUAUUGUUCUGCUCCACCUGCAGCUCCCUGUCAUCCACAGACAUGCCAACCUGGCUACUCUUGCGGUCAAUAUGGAUGUGCUAGGAACAGAGCUCGCUCAUCAUUGACACAGAAAGUCGAUGGAAUUUUCAUCAGUGAUUUACCAGAAGGUUCUUUACAAUCUGGCAUUGCUUCAACUGAAAAACCUCAGCCAAAAGUUAAAGCAGCAGGCCCAACCAACAUAUUCGGAAUGAGACGCGGCGCCUCGUCUGGUAGAACAGACGUGGAAACUCCUAACCCAUCUGAGGAAACCGUUAAUGCUUCUCAAACAAAACCUGAUAAUGCUACGAUUUCUCAAAUGACUAAUCCAAACUUCAUUUUCCGUCAAUGCUGUGAACAACGAGGGUUACCAGAUGCUUGCUUAAGCAAAUGUCAUUUCAACACAUACACUAAAGAUUCCCUCCAAGCAAUGUAUUUCAAAACUGACGCCUGCCCAUUGGAAGCUGCAGCCGACAUGCAGUUUUGCGCUGCUCAAGGAAGAGACCACACACAGUGUUGUCUUCGUAAUGGUGUGACCACAACAUUGGCUGGUCAAAAAUGCUUAACUUUCUGUGAUCAAAGACCAGAUAGAAUAACAAAGUUGGAUUAUUCAUACGUGCCAUGCUAUGAUCGUUUCGAAAACAUCAAGCGAUGUUUCUACAACGAAAUCAAAGAAAAGGCUGAGCAGCAGUUUGGACUACAACGAAGGAAAUAG